AUGAGGAUGACAAUGAGUGACAGAGUGAGAGAAGGAGAGAGAGCCAAAUAUGAUGCAGCUUCUCAGAAUUACAGAGGAUGGGCAAGUCAGAAUGGCACCAGGUUUCCGGGCCUUAGAAGCUGGCGGACUGGAAUUGUGGCUCCACAGCUGGACCUCAUAGGUCGGUGUUGCCGCCCCGGGAGAUUCCGGAGCGUUGUUCUGGAAGGAGUGAGAAUUGCAGCCCGGGCAUGCGCAGUUCGCUGCGUGGGGGUGUCCGGCUCCUGGGGAGAAGAAAACAGCAACCCACUCCAGCAUUCCUGCCUGGAGAAUCCCGGGGACAGAGGAGCCUGGUGGGCUGCCGUCUGUGGGGUCGCACAGAGUCGGACACGCCUGAAGCGACUUAGCAGCAGCAGCAGAAAUCUGAGAGGACUGAGGUUUAACUUGAUACGUGACGUGUACGAGACUCCUGAGAAAGGCUCCGGAACCGUGGCCCUCUGGCAUCCAGGACACUACGGGACUGGAAGACUGCAGACUACAUUCUCAAAUCCAUUGUCAGCUGGUCUACUCUGGAAUUUCUUAAGGAAAGAAAAUAAACAGAACAAAGGAAUACCCCAGGAAAAAGGUCACAAAAGCAAGCUACCUGUGAUAUCCUGGGCCAUAUACUCAGGCCUUAACAUAACUGAGGAUGUGUGA